CUUAUCAUUUUCUAAUAUAUGUCCCAAUCACAUGCAUCUCUGGUGGCCAACUCCCACCCUAUUUAUACCUCUGCAAUACUCUCUAAUCCCUUCCACACAUGCCCCUCUUCUCUUAUUUUCUCUCUUGAGUUCUAUCCUAUCCAUUUCACCUUUGUAUUCUCUCAUUUGAUGCAUUGUGCUUGUAGUGUCAAUCUUAAUCAUUUUCAAGCAAUGGUUCAACAAGCUCUUGAUCAUUCAGACCUAUUCUCUAGGAGAUGCAUAGUGGUUAACGGGCCAGUCAUAAUUGGAGCUGGCCCGUCUGGCCUUGCAGUCGGCGCAGGACUCAGGCAACAAGGGGUUCCUUUUGUGAUCCUGGAACGUGCCGACUGCAUUGCAUCUCUAUGGAAAAACAAAACUUAUGACCGUCUCAAACUCCAUCUUCCUAAGCAAUUUUGUCAACUACCCUUUUUCCCUUUCCCACCUAAUUUCCCCGAGUACCCUUCUAAAUACCAAUUCGUCGACUACCUUGAAUCAUACACGAAAAAGUUUGAGAUAAACCCACGAUUCAAUGAAUCAGUUCAGUCAGCCAAGUAUGAUGAGGUUUGUGGAUUAUGGCGGGUACGAACAGUGGUAAAUGAUUGCGAGGUCGAGUACAUAUGCAGGUGGCUUGUGGUGGCAACCGGUGAAAAUGCGGAUAAAGUAGUACCGGCAUUUGAAGGGCUGGAUGAGUUUGGUGGCCAUGUUAUGCAUGCUUGUGACUACCGUUCAGGCGAACAAUACGAGGGAAAAAAGGUGUUGGUGGUGGGCUGUGGGAACUCCGGCAUGGAAGUCUGUCUUGAUCUUUGCCACCACAAUGCUUUCCCAUCCAUGGUUGUCCGAAGCGCUGUUCAUGUACUACCAAGGGAGAUUGCUGGGAAAUCGACGUUUGAAUUGGCAACGACUUUGAUGAAAUGGUUGCCACUAAAUAUGACUGAUAAGAUACUGCUGAUUCUUGCUAGGAUCACACUUGGGAACUUAGAGAAAUAUGGUAUAAAGAGGCCUUUGAUGGGUCCACUUGAGCUCAAGAACACUAUAGGCAAAACUCCUGUUUUGGAUAUUGGUGCACUACAAAAGAUUAAAUCCGGGAACAUUCAAAUUGUUCCUGGAAUCAAGAAGUUUUCAAGGGGAUGUGUAGAGCUUGUGGACGGUAGAAAUCUUGAUAUCGAUUCGGUUAUUUUGGCAACAGGGUAUUGCAGCAAUGUUCCUUCAUGGCUAAAGGAAAGUGAUUUAUUUUCAAAAGAAGGGAUGCCAACGACGUCGUUUCCGGAGGGGUGGAAGGGGAAAUGUGGGGUGUAUGCAGUUGGGUUCACAAGGAGAGGUCUAUCUGGUGCAUCAUUUGACGCCAUUAGAGUGUCACAGGACAUUGCUAAAAUUUGGAAUCAAGAAACCCGGCCAUUGUGUCACAGUUUUAUGUGAUCCAAUAUUAUUAUUAUUAUUUAACACAUUGUCUAACUAUAUAUGUUUCUUUAUAGUCCUAAAAUAUAUAUUGUAUUGGUAUGAAGUAUGAACAAGAAAUGUAUAAGAAAGAGCAGCCCUCUCCGGUUAGAGCCUAGGGUCCUUAUGGCCAUUCUGUAAAACACAAAAAAAGGAAGAUGAGGCUUUUCAUUAUAUAUUUCUGAUCUUUUGUAUUUCUAUUUUGUUGAGAAAGAAAGAAAUUGUUAUUA